CCCCACAGAGAGAGCCGCUCCAUGAGAGAGUGGCUGUGCUGGCAUCCGAGGGCUCAGGGCUGAGGAUGGGGAGAAUCUCCAGGACCCAGAAGCCCAUGCCCAGCGUGAAAGCCCGGCCUGAAGGCCCGAAGAACCUGCUGUAACAGAGCCUCGGCAGCCGUCUGGAGGACCCAUGGCGAUCAUGCCUCCCCCACCUCAGCGUAAUUCUGGCUCCUCUCCUGCUUCCCAGCAAAUGAUGCAGAAGUGACUGGUGACUGAUUCCUACAUCGGCCCCUCUCUGCGCAAGCAGCUCCUCAACAUGAGAUACAGUCUCCACUUGACCUUCAUGUGUCUGGGUCUCUUCACUGGAAGGAUGUGCGUCCAGGGGAAUCGGUUCAACAUCGAGGUCGGCAGAAGCGACAAGCUCUCCCUGCCUGGCUUUGAGAAUCUCACAGCAGGAUAUAACAAAUUUCUCCGGCCCAAUUUUGGCGGAGAACCAGUUCAGAUAGCACUGACUCUGGACAUUGCAAGUAUUUCUAGUAUCUCAGAGAGUAACAUGGACUACACAGCCACCAUAUACCUCAGACAGCGCUGGACGGACCGGCGGCUGGUGUUCGAGGGCAACACGAGCUUCACUCUCGACGCGCGCCUCGUGGAGUUCCUCUGGGUGCCGGACACCUACAUCGUGGAGUCCAAGAAGUCCUUCCUCCACGAAGUCACUGUGGGAAACAGGCUCAUCCGCCUCUUCUCCAAUGGCACGGUCCUCUAUGCUCUCAGAAUCACAACAACUGUUGCAUGUAAUAUGGACCUGUCUAAAUACCCCAUGGACACACAGACAUGCAAGUUGCAACUGGAAAGCUGGGGCUAUGAUGGGAAUGACGUGGAGUUCACCUGGCUGAGAGGGAACGAUUCUGUGCGUGGGCUGGAAAACCUGCGGCUUGCUCAGUACACCGUUCAACGGUAUUUCACCUUAGUUACCAGAUCGCAGCAGGAAACAGGAAAUUAUACGCGAUUGGUCUUGCAAUUUGAACUUCGGAGGAAUGUCCUGUAUUUCAUUCUGGAAACCUACGUUCCUUCCACUUUCCUGGUGGUGUUAUCCUGGGUUUCGUUUUGGAUCUCCCUUGAUUCAGUUCCUGCAAGAACCUGCAUUGGAGUGACCACCGUGUUGUCAAUGACCACACUGAUGAUCGGGUCCCGCACUUCACUUCCCAACACCAACUGCUUUAUAAAGGCCAUCGAUGUGUACCUGGGGAUCUGCUUUAGCUUCGUGUUUGGGGCCCUACUGGAAUAUGCAGUUGCCCACUACAGCUCCUUACAGCAGAUGGCAGCCAAAGAUAGGGGGACAACGAAGGAAGUGGAAGAAGUCAAUAUUACUAACAUCAUCAACAGCUCCAUCUCCAGCUUUAAACGGAAGAUCAGCUUUGCCAGCAUUGAAAUUUCUGGUGAUAACGUUGACUACAGCGACCUGACAAUGAAAACCAGUGACAAGUUCAAGUUUGUCUUCCGAGAUAAGAUGGGCAGGAUUGUUGAUUAUUUCACAAUUCAAAACCCCAGUAAUGUUGAUCGAUAUUCUAAACUACUAUUUCCUUUGAUUUUUAUGCUAGCCAAUGUAUUUUACUGGGCAUACUACAUGUAUUUUUGAGAGUAUGUUGAAUUGUUUGCAUGCCAUAGGUCUUCAACUCAACAAGGUAAUGAUGUGAAUGGUAUUCUAAGCCGAGUGUGUACCCUAACCCCAUGGUGCCAGAAGUGACUAAAAUAACAUUUGAGAAUUUCUCCUCAAGGAAUGGACCCUCAGAUAUUAUUUAAGCUGUGUAGAAGUCCUAGCAUUACAGAGAAUUGUACUAGCAACAUCAGCCCAUUCCUUUUUUAUCUUUAUGAAAGACAUCCCCAUGAAGCCCAAGAUUACAAACUUACUCAAGGCUGACUAUUUGCACAGUGGCUCCCUGGUCUGCAUUUACCUCAUAUAACAAGUGAAGAGACCAUUACAUGUAUUGAAUAACCCUCAAGGGUUAGGGGUUGUUUCUAAAUUAAUCAUACAUGCCAUUUACUAAAUCUCGCAGUGCUUAUAAAAUGUGUUGUUGCCUAUUCAGGGAGUAAUAUUUUCUGGUUUUUGCUUUUGAUCAAAAUAAAAUGUGGGCCUAAGUUAA